AUUCGAAUAGGAGUAGGCGUUAAUGAACUACAUGAUUACACAUGUAUUAAACCAAUGUAUCUACACAUGUUCUAUACAUUUUCACUCAAAGAAAUUUGGAAUUCUUUGAAGAAUUAACAUUUAUUUAUUUAUAUUUUCUAUAUAAAGAAAUUGGAAUAAAAAUCUUAUAAUGAUCUCUGUAUAAUGUGAUUAUAUAUAUGUAUAUUGAUGUAAAGUUUAUAGGAUUUGUUGAAUUCGAAAGGAAUCUUUAACAUCAUUGUUGAAACUCUUUAAUCUUCUCGAUUGUCUAUAACAAUGUCAUUAAAUUUUAAUAAACUUUUUUUACAAGAUAUACUAUCUCGAAGAGAAUCCCCACAUGCACUUGACUUAAAUGAAGAAAAUCUUAAAAUUCAAGAAGAAUUAGAGUAUUCAGCAGAAGAUAAUGAUGAUGAUAAUGAUGCUGAUGAAUAUGAUGAUGAAGAUAAUGAAUCUGACGAUCGAUUUACUGAGGAUAAUAAUGAUAAUGAUGAAUAUUCAAACUAUACCAAUGAAAAAACAUGUACUAAUAAUAAAAUUAAUGGAAAUAAUAAAGCAACUAAUAAAAUUAAAUCAGGAGAACAUUUACAACAGUUUAGACUUAUUUCAGCAUUGAAUAAUUUACGAUUAGCUGUAGAUAAACAAGCUAAAUUACAAUCAUUACUUAGUGAUUAUAAACAUAAAGAUAAAAGUCAAGAUUCUAGAAUAUUGUCGAAAUUAUUAACAGUUAAAGAAUAUAAUCCUACACCUGAUGAUACAACUAAUCAAACUAGUAAUCUAUCAGACGUAAUAACAACAACAACAACAACAGAUAAUAAAAAUGAUACGAAAAGAAAUAUUGAAUUUGAAAUUGAACAAAAAGAUGAAACUACAAGUCUUACUAGUAAAACAAUUCAAUCUAAAGUGACAUAUAGAUCGUCGAAAAAACCAUGUCAACAUAAUACAACAGAUAUACCUAUAUCUUUAACAGAUAAAGAUAUGAUAGCAUUUCGAAGAAAUGAACGUUUAUCAAAAAGAAAAGAGAAAGUAUCAGUACAAAUUCGUGUUGUAUUUUUAAAAAUUGGUGAAAUUGAUACAUUGAAAGAAAUCUAUCACGCUGAUGCAUUUAUACAAGCUAAAUGGAGAGAACCACGUUUAGAUGGUAAAACAGAUGAAAAUCUUCGUAAAAUAGAUUUACAACGCUGUUGGAAUCCACUUAUACUUAUUGAUAAUAUAUUAAGUGAAUCUAAAGAACAACAUUGGAUCAUUACAGAAAGAAAUGAACAUGAUGAAAUUUUCAUUGUUGAACGUCGUCGUUUAAGAGGUGUGUUUUUGGAGACAUUAGAAUUAAAUGAUUUUCCAUUAGAUGUUCAAGAUUUGACCAUAACUCUGACAUCCGAAAGACCGGAAUCGGAGGUUGAACUUAUACCAGAUAAGCAUGAACCCUGCAGAAUAAACCUACAAACGCUUGUAGAUCAGCAGGAAUGGCGACUACAUGAACAUAUUGAAAUAACAAGACGUUCGGCUACCCAAGAAUAUACAAAUUCUAGUCAAAGUCAUCCUUGUAUUUCUGUUACAUGUAGAGCAGCACGUAGGCCUGGUUAUUUCUACUGGAACGUCUUUCUAAUUAUGUUUUUUAUCACAGGAUUAUCAUUUGCAACAUUUGCUGUACCACCGGAACGACCAGAAAAUCGACUUCAAUUAUCUUUUACAUUAUUUCUAACUUCCGUUGCUUUCAAAUUUGUAAUUAAUCAGUCGUUACCGAAAAUCUCUUAUUUAACAUAUAUGGACAAAUAUGUACUAAUGUCACUGGCAAUAUUAUGUGUUGUUAGUGUAUGGCAUGCAGUAGUCACAUUAAUACCAAGUGAUGCAGAAUUUGAACAGCUUACAACAAAAAAUCUUUUAAGAUCAACCAAUCCUCAAUUUUCAUUUAUGAAACGUUAUAAAGAAUUAACAUUUCCGCAUUCUUCUACAAUGAACGUAACAUCUAGACAAGUAAAGGAUACCAGUAUAGAUGAUUAUAUUGAUGCUAAAAAUAAUAUAAGUUUAACCCAGAUAGAAAAAUCUACACAUGGUCAUAUCACUUCAAAUGACGAUAAAGGAAUUAUUGAUACACAAAAUUCACAGAAAUUAUCUCAACAAUUCAAUCAGCAAACAUGGAUAGCUUUAGCAUUACAAUCAAAGAAUCGUGAACAACAUAAACGUCGAUUAAUGAUGAGAAUUGAAAGAGAUGUUUUUGUUUCAUUCUGCAUAUUAUAUGUACUAGCUCAUCUGACAUUUAUAUUCUGGUUGUAUUUUGACGCAAGCAGACGUAGAAGAGAGAUGGUAGAACGAGAUCGAUUAUACAAGAAAUGUAUGCAAGCAUCAAAGGCAUUAUAAAAUUCAAAAGUUAUCAUAAUGAUCAACACUGUUCAACACAUUCACAAACAAAUCAUCUUAGAAAGUAAGAAACAAAGUGGAAUUACAAUUAAUUAUAAAACGGUUUCUAUAGAACAUACUAUUUGCAUUUUUCAUCUAUCUACUUAAUUGAAUCAAUUCAAAUGUAACUUGAUCAUCAAUAUCUUAUUAUUACCGAUCUAUCAAUCAGUAGUGUUGAUCAGUUUUGGAGAAAAAAUUUUCUUUGUAAAAAAACCAAACUAAUAAUAAUAAAUCAUUGUAUGAAUAAAUUUAAUUAUUCUGUACAAUGUUUUUGUGACUUGGAUACUUUUAUCAAAGACUGAUGAAUACGGAUACAUAUUGUCAUAGUAUCAAAUAAUUUUAUAAAUCAAUAAUCAUGUUCUGAAUAUUAUUAUUUACUAGUAGAUCGAUAUUUGUUUUUGAACAGUUUGUAAAUAAUAAAGAAGUAUUGCAUU